AUGAAGCCUCGCAGCCGCUUCGCCUUGGCCAGGCCGGACUCUGAAGAGGGCAAGGCAUGGCCAGCUAUCGCGAUCGGCAUGUUUGUUGCCUUUGGUGGUGUUCUCUUUGGUUACGAUACCGGCACCAUCAGCGGAAUCCUGGCUAUGCCCUACUGGCAACGAACUUUCAGUACGGGCUACAUCGAUGUCGAAGGCAAUCCCAACGUCAAUGCCUCCCAGGAGUCUGCCAUUGUGUCCAUUCUCUCGGCUGGCACAUUUUUCGGUGCCCUUAGCUCUCCACUCUUGUCUGACUACUUUGGUCGUCGACUCGGGCUGGUCAUUUCGACCUGGGUCUUCAAUCUCGGUGUCGUACUUCACACUGUCGCUACCUCUAUUCCACUCUUUCUCGCCGGGCGCUUCUUCGCUGGAUACGGUGUCGGUCUGAUCUCUGCCAUGGUUCCGCUCUAUCAGUCCGAGACGGCUCCCAAGUGGGUUCGUGGCGUCAUUGUCGGCGCGUACCAGUGGGCUAUUACCAUCGGAUUGCUCCUCGCGGCUAUUGUGAACAACGCGACUGCGGAUCGAAACGAUUCAGGGUCCUAUCGCAUCCCGAUCGCUACCCAGCUCCUGUGGUCCCUCAUCCUCUGCAUCGGGAUGCUCAUCCUUCCCGAGACCCCCCGCUUUCUGAUCAAAAAGGACAGCGUCGAGAAGGCCGCCCAGGCUCUCAGCCGUCUUCGACGCUUGCCAGCCGAUCACGAUGCCAUCAAGUCAGAAUUGACCGAGAUCAAAGCAAACCACGAUUACGAGACCACCUUAGGGAACGGCACCUACCUCGACUGUUUCCGUCCUCCCAUCUUGAAGAGGCAGCUCACGGGCAUGGCACUGCAGGCGCUCCAGCAGCUCACAGGCAUCAACUUUAUCUUCUACUACGGAACCAAGUACUUUCAAAACUCCGGCGUGUCGAGUGGUUUUGUCAUCUCGAUGAUCACCUCGGCCAUCAAUGUCACAUCCACCAUUCCCGGCAUGUAUGCCAUUGACAAAUGGGGUCGUCGGCCACUCUUGUUCUGGGGUGCCAUUGGCAUGUGCGUCUCCCAGCUCAUUGUGGCCGUCUGCGGUACCGUGUCCACUGGCCAGUAUGACAACGGCGAGAUCUUCGUCAAGAGCCUUGCUGGACAAAAGGCAGCCGUGUCCUUUGUCUGCAUCUACAUCUUCUUCUUUGCCUCGACGUGGGGACCCUUGGCUUGGGUUGUGACGGGCGAGAUCUUCCCGCUCAAGACCCGUGCCAAGUCUCUCAGUAUUACCACGGCCACCAACUGGCUGUUGAACUGGGCCAUUGCGUACGCAACGCCGUACCUGGUCAACUACGGAGAUGGAUAUGCCAAUAUGCAAUCCAAAAUCUUCUUUGUGUGGUUUGGCGCUUGCUUCAUCUGCAUUGCCUUCGUCUGGUUCUUCAUUUACGAGACAAAGGGACUCAGUCUGGAGCAAGUCGAUCAGCUCUACGAAGAAGUGAGCAGCGCACGCAAGUCCACAAAGUGGAAGCCCUCGCUUUCUCCAGGGUAUGGAAAGGACGCCAAGUCUGGUGGUGUAGAGGCUGAGCCCGUUGAGGGAUCGGUCGACCACAAGGCCUAA